AUGGCCGCUCCGCUGGCGGCCCUCCGGGGACUGUUCAGUGAGGCUUACCCUCCGGAGGUCCCCGCGCCGGUGUCCGAAGACAGUGCGGAAAAUGAAGAGCAGCAAACGGCAUCUGGAGAGAAUAAGGAACCAAACAUUCCGCCCCAAAGCCACGCGAAAGAGGGACUGGAAGCAGACGACAAACAGGAUGCGGAUGAGCCCGAGGCGCGUCUUGCGUCUGAGGCCAGUCACUACAAUGAGAGGAUUUUGAAAAUCACUGAGGAGUACAGUGAGAAGGUAUCCAGCAAAAAUGAAGUCCAGCAGUAUUUGGAAGAGGCGCAGCGAACAGCGAUGGAGCAGGAGGCAUCGAUUCUGGCCAAAGCCGAUGAAG